AUGGCGUCAGUGGCGCCGCAUGGCACAAGUAGUCGGGGGACACCGACACUCACACAAACCUCGGCAGCCGCCUCAGAAAACGGCAGCAGUUCCGACAACACGGUUCAGAACAACUUUAACAACUCCCAAGUCAAAGAAGAGCAAGAAAAGGAAAUAGAAAGGACCAACAAAAAUGGCGAUCCAACCGCGCCACCAACCGAUCCACCAGCAACGGCUACCGGGUCUCCUUCGGCCCCGGAAGAAGGCCGCACCAACCUCGAAACAACAGCCAUCAUCGCUGCCCUAGCCAGUGCGCUCUUCCUGGCCGCUCUCGACGUGACUAUCGUGACGGUCGCCAUCCCGACCAUCUCCCAGGAGUUCAACAGUACGACGGGUUACACAUGGAUCGGGUCGGCGUAUCUUUUGGCCAACGCGGCGACGGCGCCCAUGUGGGGCAAGAUUUCCGAUAUCUGGGGACGCAAGCCGAUCCUGCUGAUAACGGUGGGCGUAUUUUGGGUUGGCAGCUUGAUUUGCGCACUGAGCAAGAACAUGGGCAUGUUAUUGGCUGCGAGGGCGAUUCAGGGUAUUGGGGGUGGCGGGAUCAUUAUUUUGGUGAAUAUCUGUAUCAGUGAUUUGUUUUCGAUGCGGAAACGAGGUAUCUACUUUGGCGUCAUGGGCAUGGUCUGGGCACUGGCGAGCGCGAUCGGUCCCAUUCUCGGAGGCACUUUCACGAGCAAAGUCACUUGGAGGUGGUGUUUCUACAUCAACCUGCCCAUCUCCGGGGUGGGCAUGGCCAUUCUGGCGUUUGUCCUCAAGCUUCAUAACCCACGGACGCCGAUUCGGCAGGGCCUAAAGGCGGUGGAUUGGUUCGGCUCGUUGAGCAUCGUCGGCGGCACGCUCAUGAUUCUCCUCGGCUUAGAAUUCGGUGGCGUGUCGUACCCCUGGAAGUCCGCAACCGUUAUCUGCUUGAUCGUCUUCGGCAUUGUCAUGAUCGGUAUCUUUGGCGUGAUCGAGUGGAAGGUGGCCGAGUAUCCCGUCAUCCCGAUGCGGCUCUUCAGGCGCCGGGCGAGCGUGGCAUCGCUGUUGGUCUGCGCUUGCCAGGGUUUCGUCUUCAUCUCAGGUAGUUACUACCUCCCGCUCUACUUCCAGGCGGUGCUGGGCGCCUCGCCGUUGUUGUCGGGAGUGUACGUGUUGGCGUUUGCCAUGUCGCUGUCGAUCGUGUCGGCUGCUACCGGUGUGUAUAUCAAAAAGACGGGCAAGUACCUGCCUCCGAUCAUCUUUGGCAUGACUGUCAUGACGUUGGGCUUUGGUCUUUUCAUCGACUUGGAGGCGAGACCCAACUGGCCCAAGAUCAUCCUUUACCAAAUCGUUGCCGGCGUCGGAGUCGGUCCUAACUUCCAAGCCCCCCUCAUCGCUCUCCAAACCACGGUCCCAGGGCGCGACGUCGCCGCAGCCACCGGCACAUUCGGCUUCAUCCGGCAGCUCUCGACAUCCAUCUCCGUCGUCAUCGGCGGCGUUGUCUUCCAAAACCACAUGGAGAAGCAGCACGAUCGCCUGGUCGAACAAAUCGGUGACCAAGCCGCCAGUCUCCUGACGGGAGGAAGCGCCGCGUCGAACGUCGGCCGUCUCGCCUCUUUACCUCCUGACCAGCGCCAGAUCGCCCGCGAAGCCUACUUCAACGCUUUAAGGGUCAUGUACAUCGUGUACGUGGCCUUUUCGGCGCUGGGUCUGUUCAUCUCGCUGUUUGUCGGGUCGAGGACGUUGAGCAAGGAGCAUGAGGAGCAUAAGACGGGAUUGGAUAAUAUGAAGAAGGCGAACGAGGAUGCGAAGGUUGAGUCAGGGAGGAGGGGAACUCAGAGCCCUGGGGACGAGGAGAAGGCGGGUGGUAGGUAG